AUGUCGCUAUCUCGUCAGCGCUUUGUCCCUCUCUUUUUGUUUAUGUUGGUGAUGUCCCUUGUCCUCUUUCAAGAGGAGGAGAAGUUCAGCCAGGUAUUCCAGCUGAAACAACCGUCCUCUGUUCGUCACUUGGCCAACAACACUACUGUUAUAGAAGAGGCUUUUCGGACAAACGGCUCCAGGAGCAAGCGAGAUAAAGACAAGGUGAUUGUCAAGCAAAAUGCAAGUGGCGACAGCGAUCAUCCAGAAGAGGCCCAGUCCACGUCUUCCCCGAACCAAAAGGCCGACCCUGGCAAAACCAAGAGUACCGGUUCUCUCAGGAAUACUGUCGUCUCACCUGACCCCCCAAGCGAAGAUGCAACGAAAAAGGCGGCUGCUGAUGCCCCCGCAGAGUCGAACAAAGCAGAUUCUUCUUCUUCUUCUUCUUUACCAUCCAAAGAGGAACGAAUUGCCGCCUUUUAUAAGCAUCACUAUGAGCAGGUGAGAGGCAUGGCAAAGAAGAAUUCCCUUAUGCGAUGGCAUGAUGCAGGUGCUUUCAAAUCAUGGGCUAAUGAAUUCAAGUAUGUGCCCAUAAAAGACGAGAAUACCAAUCUGGAAGAUGCCAAUCUGCAGGAUCACAGCUUUCUCUACAGCUUUGAGCAGUCUCUCUGUACCGUUGCCAAAGUCGUUACCAGGUACCGCCAAAACAACCCAAAUGCCUCCUGGCCCCAUGUUGGCUUGGUCCGCUUUAAUGCCGAUUUUGGAGCCCUUUCCUCCAGGAUUCCCAAAUACACUGGAAAGUUUCGUUCGGGACCUCACACAUGGAAGGGCGAGGGGUGCUCCAUGGAAUUUGUUCUCGACUAUGUCAACCACCCCGAUACCCUCGCUAUUAUCACAACGCAGUUUCAAGUCAUGCGGCAUGAGAAAAUAAAAUCCAUCCCUCUGGGAAUCCCGCGGUUUGCAAGUGGCCAUAUGGCCAAGUUCCUCAAGGAAUACGACCUGUCCAAGGCAAACCGGUCCGACUUGAUCAUGGUGAAUGUAAAGCCUUGGGGGCAACGAAUUGAGCCCAUGAAACAGCUCUUGGCAAAUUUCAAUGCCUCGGAUGCUACCAUUGAAGCCAGUAUUUCCGGCAAGAAAAUCGAGGGGUUAUCUGUCCACAAUGUAACGGAAAUGACCAAACCUCGUCCUGACAAUCCACUGUUCCUCCAAAACACCUACUAUCUCUUCCAGAGUAUCAAAGGAGAGAAGUCCAUGAACAUGAACUAUGAACAGAUGAUUCGUUCCAAAUUCGUCUGGGCUCCAUCUGGACUUGGAUUAGAUUGCUAUCGCAUAUGGGAAUCCUUCUAUUUGGGCACGAUUCCGGUGAUUGCUCAUUUGGGUUUUAUGGAAACAGACGGGUGGAUGAACGAGACACUGCGGGAUCUGCCUGUGGCAUGGGUGGAGCAUCACGACCAAGUUACGCCCGAGUUUCUGGAAAAUGCGUACGAAAAGAUUAUUUUGGAACCGCCACCAGGAGGAUAUCGUUAUGAAAAGCUGACAAAAGACUAUUGGAUUGACCUGGCGCAUUCCUACCUUCCGCCCAAUAGUGCAGGCCGAAGGCAAAGAGAUGAAAAGUUGGCAAAAAUGAAGAGAUAG